GGCGGGAACGGGAGCGGGGCCGGGAUGGCGCUGGACGUGCGGCGCCUGGAGGCGCUGAGCCUGCAGGAGCUCAGCGCGCUGCUGGACGACGAGGAGCAGCUCCAGGACAUGGCCCGCGAGAUGGAAGAGUCCCAAAAUGUUCAGCACAGCAAGGACAUGACUCUCGCCAGCAACCGCAGUCUGGCAGAAGGAAAUCUCCUGUACCAGCCAAAGUUGGAGUCUUUGAAAUCAAAUUUGACUGAGAAAUAUCAAGAGCUGCAAGUUCUUUUUGAAGCAUACCAGAUAAAGAAAACAAAACUAGACAGACAAUCCAGUAAUGCUUCCCUGGAGACCCUGCUGGCACUGCUGCAGACCGAGGGGGCGAAGAUUGAGGAAGAUACAGAGAAUAUGGCAGAAAAGUUCCUUGAUGGUGAAAUACCCCUGGAUUCCUUCAUCGACGAGUACCAGAGCAAGCGGAAACUGGCUCACCUGCGCCGGGUGAAGAUUGAGAAGCUCCAGGAAAUGGUGCUGAAGGGACAGAGACUUCCUCAGGUUCAGGCGCCGGCGCAGCCGAGGGCACCGGAGACCGCAGCAGCGCCCGCAGAUCCCUACAAGGCGGAUGCAAACACUCCUCCCUCGGUCGUGCCCCGGCGAAUCCCACCCCCCCCGCCUCCCUCAGGCUCAGCAGGACGCUUCCCCACUCCCUUCACUGCAGCCAUGAGUUCAGGACCAGCUCUCUCUUACCCAGGUGCUCCGUACCCUCCUCUCCCGCCUCGGCCGGGAGGAGCUCAGCCCACGAGUCAAAUGCCACAGCCAGGAUACCCAGCUCAGUUUGUACCACCCUAUCCUCCACCUCUUCCCCAAAGACCAGCUCGCCUUCCACCACAUCCUGGCUUUAUCCUCCAGUAAAUAUUUGGGUGCGCCUGA